AUGGCCGAUCCAAAUCAAAACAUCAUUUGCGCUCCGGACGAUUGUGCGAUAAAAAUAAGCAAAUGGAAAGUGCGUGAAGGAUUUCCGGUGACCAGUGGCAGCAUUAUAUUGUUCUACGAGCAGCUGGAUGGUAGCGACAAGGAAGUGAAGCGGUUAAAGGCCACCCAGAGUGGCGUUGUAAAGAAGCGCCUAGCACGAGAAGGCGCAACCGUGGCGAAAGGAAAGCCGGUACUCGAACUUGGACAAUGCAGCCAUAUGACGGUUAUAAAGGACAUGUGUGCCGAUUGUGGGGCGGAUCUGCGUCAGGAUGAACCGAGUAGCUGCUCGAAGGCUUCUGUACCGAUGAUACAUUCCGUGCCGGAGUUAAAGGUAACCGAAACGUUGGCAAAAAAGCUCGGUCAAGCCGAUACAGAAAGGUUGCUGAGCGAUCGAAAGUUGGUGCUGCUGGUUGAUCUUGAUCAAACGCUCAUUCACACCACGAACGAUAAUGUGCCAAACAACUUGAAGGAUGUAUACCAUUUUCAACUGUACGGCCCAAAUUCACCCUGGUACCACACACGGCUUCGUCCAGGUGCGCUAGAAUUUUUGGCAAAAAUGCACCCGUACUACGAGCUGCACAUAUGUACCUUUGGCGCGCGCAAUUACGCUCACAUGAUCGCACAAUUUCUGGACAAGGAUGGAAACUUUUUCUCCCAUCGCAUUCUAUCACGUGAUGAGUGUUUCAAUGCGACCAGCAAAACGGAUAAUUUGAAAGCGCUAUUUCCGUGCGGCGACUCCAUGGUGUGCAUUAUUGACGAUCGGGAAGAUGUAUGGAACAUGGCGUCGAAUUUGAUACAGGUUAAACCGUACCAUUUCUUUCAACAUACCGGUGACAUCAACGCCCCGCCCGGCAUGUCGAAGAACGAGCUCGAUGGCAAGGGUGUAGACUUCAAGGAGCUCAUGAACCAGUCGUUAAAGGAGAAAAAAGCCAGAGAUGCGGCAGAUGAAGAACGGCCACCAACGCCGAAAAUACAAACGCAGGAGCAAGGUGGAAAGCAACAGUGUGAGAAAAGCAUGCCCGAGCAUGUGCUGGAUGAUAAGGUUGAGGACGAACCGACGACGGUAGAGACGACAAAUCAAGAUGAAAAGAUUAAAGAGGACGAAUCGCGUCCAGAGGCUGAGAAAGUAGAAACUUCUAUUGCAACUAGCAAGGAGGAGAAGCAAGGCGAUAAAACAGAAAACAAGAUCAUUGUAAAGGAAGAGAAAGAAGAGCUGCUAUUAGACACGGAACUAGAGAAGGAAAACGAAGAGCGACCUGCUGAUUUGGAGCAACAAAAAGAACUUAAGACAAAUGAUGGCGUAAAAGAUACUGCAACAGAAAUCGAUAAACAAGAAGAGCCGCCAGGUGAAACUGACUGCUCAACGGGAAGUGCUGCCAAAGAAGAAGAUACAUCUGCCACAAAUUCUAAGCAAGAAAAGGAUUUAAUCGAAGUGGAAGAUUCAGACGAUUAUUUACUUUAUCUCGAGCACAUUUUGUUAAAGAUCCACAAAACGUUCUACGAAGAGUAUGACAAAACACAAACCAUUUCCGAUCUGAAGCAGUUAAUACCGACGGUAAAGGCACGCGUGCUGGUAGGGAUGCGGCUUUGUUUUUCCGGUCUCAUACCGAAUAAUGUAAAGCUAGAGCAAAGUAAGGCGUACCUGAUUGCGCGAAGUUUGGGUGCUGUCGUAACGCAGAAUCUGGAACCAACCACUACGCAUCUGGUUGCGGUUACGAUCGGUACCUCUAAAGUGAACAAUGCUCGAAAAAGCUCAAAAAUAAAAAUCGUCACACCCGAGUGGCUGUGGUCGUGUGCAGAGCGAUGGGAACACGUGGAAGAGUUGCUGUAUCCGCUGAAGGCAUCAAAUCCCGCCAAAAUGCGUCAACCACCACCACACUGUCACAGCCCAGAGCACGCCGUUAAUUAUGGACCAAUGGCAAAGUCACGUGAAGAGCCGAAGUUUAUGGACACGGUAAAUCCAUUGUUAAGCUUUUCGAACGACGAUCUAGACGCAAUGAACAACGAUUUUGACGACUUCUUCGAAUCGGACGAUAGCAGCAGUGAUGACGAACCGGUAGACAUUGAAAACCCGCCAAUGGAAAAGUCACUGCGUAAGCGAAAACGCGUCGAAGAGAUAGAGACCAACCGUGGGCGGCACAACAUUUUCCGAAAGCGCGCAGAGGAAGAAGAGGACGAGCAGAAAAAGGAGGAAAAGAGACGCAUCCUGAAGUAUGACAAUCCCGAACAUAAUGACGAAAACAGUCAAACUAACGCGUCCUCGGAUGAUGAAGACGAAAGCCCGAGCGCAAAGUUCCGGCGUGGUGAAGAUUUGCCAUCCGACUUGGAUAUGGGGUCGAACAGUGAGGGAAGCAAUGAACCGAUAGACGACGUUGAUGAUGGAGAUUGGAAUAUGAUGGGCGCGGCACUGGAAAGGGAAUUUCUAGGCUUGGAUGACUAA